AUGGCAUCUUCCAAGAGCAGUCUUGCAAUGUUCGCACUGGCCAUAGUCAUGGCCGUGGUGGCUGACGUCUCGGCGCAGAACACCCCGCAGGACUUCGUCAACCUGCACAACCGCGCCCGCGCCGUGGACGGUGUCGGCCCGGUGGCGUGGGACAACAACGUGGCCAGGUUUGCGCAGGACUGGGCGGCGCAGCGCGCCGGCGAUUGCCGGCUCCAGCACUCCGGCGGGCCGUUCGGCGAGAACAUCUUCUGGGGUUCCGGGCAGUCGUGGACGGCCGCCGACGCGGUGAAGCUGUGGGUGGACGAGAAGCAGAACUACCAUCUUGACAGCAACACCUGCGACGCCGGCAAGGUGUGCGGGCACUACACGCAGGUGGUGUGGCGCAAGUCGACCCGCAUCGGCUGCGCGCGCGUGGUCUGCGCCGGGAACCGGGGCGUCUUCAUCACCUGCAACUACAACCCCCCGGGCAACUUCAACGGCGAGCGCCCGUUCGCGUUCCUCACCCUUGACGCCGAAGCCAAGUAG